UAAUUUUAUGUAUUUAAAGCAGUUUUGAUAGGUAAGAUGCUAAGUAAGGCUGUAUAAACUAUUGCGGUUAACAUGCUUUUUAUUUUUUUGUUUACUGCUGCUGUUUUGAAUAUUGUGCGUGGUAUUAAUAUACCUUCAGAUCCAGUUGACGUGGGUAACGGUGAGCACUUAAGAACUUGCUUAAAAUGGAUAAAGUGCAUAUCAAGGGAUAAGGAAAUUAAUGAUAAGUUGGAUUCAUGCAUCAUAUUGACACCAGAAGAGUAUGGUGUGAACGCAAUGAAGCAUUUCGCAGAUUUUUUCUCAAUGGACUGGUCCUGGCCAAACUGGAACGCAUUAUAUCAAGAUUGGUGUGCCAUGGAUGAAGUAAAAGAGGCAGAACUGUUUGUAGAAGCUGUUCAGUAUGCAACAGAAGUUGGGGUAUCAACGUGUGCUGAUUUCACCAAAUCUGAAGCAUGUGAUGGAAUAGAAAAAGCAAGUAGCUGCGGCACAGAAAUAUUAAACAGACUUCAUGCUGAAGGAAAAUGCUGAAGACUCAAAUUAUAGCAUCGAUUUAAUAUAUUCUUCGAUAAUGCAAAUAUA